AUGGCUAUGGCUGUGGCUGUGGCUGUGGCUGCGGCUGUGGCUCAGGCUCAGGCUGUGGCUGCGAGGGCUUGGAGGGAUGAGGACGACCCGAUUCUCGAGCCUGAAGGCACUGGCCAGCUGGGAGAACAUGUCUACAAGUUGACCCAGAAGAUGCUGGCGCCUUCUUCAUUCGAGAAGCAGAGCGUCGGGCUCAUCAUGGCGGUCGACAACCCCUACACCACCGUUGCCGGGCUGAGGCUCCUCGCCAUGACCACGGGCAAGGAGGAACACAGGGACACGGCUGACGUUCUGGAGAUGUUCCAGAGGAUGAUCUCUGUGAUGAACGCGCGCGGUAAUAACUACCGAUGUGUGCUACGGCCAAGAGCACCAUCCACUUUCGUCAUGCCACUGUUGAGUUGUCAGGGCCCUCGGAAUCCCCGGCACAUUCGAUCCCGUUCUCUCUUCCGCAGCCGAGAGAGGAGUGUAUCGCCGAACAUCUUCGGUACCAUACUCCCGAGGCCACUCGACAGGGAACGGGAGCAUCGACCCAGGGAGGCAAAGAUCCACAAGCGGAUCUGUAUUGGAAGCUCCCGUCGCACUGGAUCCCACGAAAGAUACGGUGGUAGCCGCUGGUCGGUGCAGAGGGAAGGGUACAGCGGCCCCAGGGACAAUUUUUCUUACGACCGGCGGAGAGACGAUGCACAGAGACAUGAAGAAUUCAUGGCUAGGCGGCUGAAGCAGAGGGAAAGGAUUGGUGAGGAAGGUUGUCCCGAAGUGUGGGGGUCUUUGCCAAGAGUGAAAGAAGGAGACUCUGAUGAAUUUGAACCCACCGAAGACAUUGGAAAAUGUAUCAGGUCGGCAUCAGAUUCGGAAGGUGGGUCCAAGAAGUUCACGAAAAAAAAGGCAAAACGCCGAAAGUCCUCAAGCAGCACAGAGUCUCAAGAAGAGGAGGAAACUGGCGAGAUUAUAUGGGUUGAGAAAGGCUCUGCCGAAGUGGGACGUGAAGUGCUGCUCGCACUCCUGUCUCAGGACGAGAAACCUUUAGAUUUUGGACACGCCUUGCUGCCAGGUGAAGGCGCGGCCAUGGCGGAGUAUGUGAAAGCCGGAAAGCGUAUUCCUAGAAGAGACGAAAUUGGCCUGACGAGCAACCAGAUUGCAGACUUUGAGAAAUUGGGAUACGUGAUGAGUGGUAGCAGGCAUCACCGCAUGGAGGCCGUGCGUCUGCGAAAGGAGAACCAGAUCUACAGCGCCGACGAGAAGAGGGCGCUGGCAUCUUUCAGUCUGGAGGAACGUCAGAAAAGGGAGACCCAGAUCCUGUCUAUUUUCAAGGAGAAAAUAUAUAGGAAGAUCAAAGAAAAAGAGAACAGGGCACGAUGA